GUUGCCACGUGCCUUCGCCGAGGGAGGACGUGUACCGCCAAGCUUCCGUACGCCUGAGAGGGCCGCCACACCCACACGCCCACGUCCACCGUCAGCAGGAGGUCAGCGAGGCGAGGUCAAGGGUCAGCACGCGAGGUCAGGGUCAGCAGGGUGGACUGGCAGCGGUCUGGGAGUCAGCAGUGCUCAGAACGGCCACCAGGGGCGUGCUGACGUUUGGCAAGGCUCGCAAGAACGUUAGCUAAAGGAACGUUGUCAGCGGGGCGUGUAAAAGAACGCCCGGUGCUCUCAGGCCCAAAGGAACGGUUGUGUGGCCUAAGAGAACGACUGUGAGGCCUAAAAGAACGGCUAAGAACGGUUGGGAAGCUUAGGAACGUCAGACUUAAAGGAACGUGAUCAAAGGAACGCCGGGUGCUCUCAGGAUAAAGGAACUUAAUCAACCCUAAGGAACGUGUAAAGGAACGGCAGGUGCUCUGAGGACAAAGGAACGGUUGGGAAGCAUAAAGGAACGGUUGUAAAUGAUAAAAGGAACGUUGUCAGCGGGGAGUGUAAAGGAACGCCGGGUGCUCUGAGGUCUAAAGGAACGUUUGUGUGGCAUAAAGGAACGGCUGUGAAGGUUUUAGGGAACGUUGUCAGUGGUGUUAAAGGGAGGUUAAAGGAAUACGUUCAUUAAUUAAUCUUAGCUCUUAAAUGAACGAUCGUCAUAACCAACCUAAAGGAACGUUAUCACUGUGCCUAAAGGAACGCCGAGUGCUCUGAGGCCUAAAGGAACGGUUUUGGAGCCUCAAGGAACGGCUGGGAAGGUUCAAGGGACACGUUCAUCACUAUAAUCUCUUAAAGGAACGGUCUUCACUCUUAACCAACCUAAGAGAACGUAUCUUAUCACAGUGGCUAAAGGAGUCGUGGGUUCUCCUAAAUGAACGUUAGUGAAGCCUAAAGGAACGUCCGUGAAGGUUUUAUAGGGUACGUUCAUUACCCUGAGGUCUAAAGGAACGGUCUUUGCGCUCUAAACAAACCCAAAGAAACGUUAUCCCAGUGUCUAAAGGAACGCCGAGUGCUCUAAGGCAUAAAGGAACGGCCGGUAGUGAAGCAUAAAUGAACGACUACAAAUCUUUUCAGGAACGGUCACAAGGCUAAGCUCUCAAAGGGUCGGUCUACAUACUAAGCCAACCCUAAGGAACGUUAGAUCAAGAGAAAGCUAAUGAACUCUGAGACAAAAGUACGCGCGUGAAAAGAUAACGAUAUAGAGAUAAAGACAGAUAUGUAAAAGAUAAACGGUGGACUUUGGAGAAUUGAAAUGCGUAUAUAUGAGUUUCUGGUGCAUGAGGGAGACUAAGGAAGCACCAACGAAUAAGUGAAUAAAGUUGAUAAGUAACACGAAAGCAAGAACCAAAAAGUUAAUUAAAGAGAAAAAAAAAAUAGUGUAUGUGUACUUUUUGAGUGUGAAGAAUACGAAGAAAGAAAUAACACAUAAGCGAUAAAGUGAAUAUAAACAGAGAGAACUAGAAAGAACCAAAAAUAUAAGUGAAAUGACAAGGGGGAACUAAAGAAAAUUAUAGAUAAGUAGACACAACCGACGAAUAAGUAAAUAAAGAAGUGUACGAAGAGGAACUGAGGAAAAAAACAAAAGAAAACGUAGAAAGAACUAAACUAUAAGUGAAAUAACAAGAGGGAACUAAAGAAAACUAUAGAUAAGUAGACACAAUUAACCGACGAAUAAGUAAAUAAACAAGUGUACGAAGAGGAACUGAGGAAAAAAACAAAAGAAAACGUAGAAAGAAAGAAACUAAUGAGAAAUGACGCAAAAUUAACAGGAAACGUGGAAGCAAUCGCUAUACAGACAAAUGAUAAGUGAAAUAACAGAAAAAAAUAUACCACAACCACGCAAAUAAUACCCCAAAGAAGCAAAUUAUCAACCACAACCACCACCAUGUCAGACAGUAUAGCCAAUGGCGGGGGAAUGGGGGGGGAGGACCUCAAGCUUCGUCUGACCUCCUCUGACACCAUCACCACCCUCGUCUCGCCCACCACGCCCCCCUCAGACGCCCACUGCCCCCUCGUGUCCGAUUCACCGCCCUCAGGAACCAUGGGAUCCAUCACGAAGUCCAUCGGAGCAGGAGGCGGAAUAGGCGACCUUGCAGCAUCAACCAGGGACGGAGAGAUGGCCGUCAGCGCAGGCAUCGUCAGGGUCGACCCGCUGCGCUGGGUGAUGCUCUUCCUCUUCGUCCUCUACUCCAUGUCCAACGCCUUCCAGUGGAUCCAGUACAGCAUCAUCGCGAACGUCAUUGUGGACUAUUACGAUGGGGUCUCCACCACGCAAGUCGAUUGGUUGUCCAUGAUCUAUAUGGUGACUUAUAUCCCGCUCAUCUUCCCGGCGUCCUGGUACCUCGAAAAGCAGGGCCUCCGUCGGGCAGUACUCAUCGGGUCCUUCGGCACCAUGGUUGGCUCGUGGGUGAAGGUUGGCUCCGUCUCGCCCGAUCGGUUCUUCGUCACCUUCGCGGGCCAGGUGAUCACGGCCGUCUCUCAGGUGUUCAUCCUCGGAGUGCCGCCCCGCCUCGCCGCCGUCUGGUUCGGGCCCACGCAAGUCUCCACGGCCUGUGCCAUCGGUGUAUUUGGGAACCAGCUGGGGGUAGCGCUGGGGUUCCUGGUCCCCCCUGCUAUCGUACCCACCACGGACGAUCAGGACCUGGUGGGCAAGCGUCUCUUCUCCAUGUUCCUGGGCGUCGCAUGCUUCACCACCGCCCUCUUCAUCGCGAUCCUCAUUGUGUUCAAGGAGAAGCCUCAGUACCCGCCCAGCGCCGCCGCCCUCGCCCAGGAAGAGACCUCGUCCUACGUGAAGGGCGUCGUGAGGCUGGUCCGUAACCCCGGGUAUGUGCUGUUGCUACUCUCCUACGGCAUCAACGUGGGGGCCUUCUACGCUAUCUCCACGCUGCUCAACCAGGUGGUGCUCAAACACUUCCCGGGCGAGUCGGAGAACGCUGGUCGCAUCGGUCUGCUCAUCGUGCUGGCCGGCAUGCUCGGCUCCGUGGUGUGCGGCUUCUGCCUGGACAAGACGGCAAAGUUCAAGCUGGUGACGCUGGUGGUGUACUUGCUGUCCACACUCUUCAUGCUGGGCUACACCUUCAUCUUCCACCUCAACACGCUGUGGAUGGUCUUCGUGAUGGCUGCCAUGCUGGGCUUCUUCAUGACCGGUUAUCUUCCCGUCGGGUUCGAAUUUGCGGCUGAGCUGACCUACCCGGAACCCGAGGGCACCAGUUCUGGCCUCCUCAACGCCUCGGCACAGUUCUUCGGAGUCCUCUGCACCAUGGCGGACGGGCAGCUCCUGGCGGGGUACGGGGACAUGGCCGCGAACCUCCUCCUUGUUGCCGUUCUCGUGGUGGGCUGCAUCAUGACCGCUUCUAUCAAGGAGGACCUCAGGCGACAGGCAGCUCACGGGCGGGCGGCGGCGGGCGGAGAGAACGGGACAAGGAUGUAGGGAAAGGGGACCACCACCACCACUACUACUACUACUACUACUACUACUACUGCUGCUACUACUACUGCUGCUGGUGGUGGUUUAGUAGUGAAAGGAAGGAAGAAAGGCAAAAAGACUAAGUUGCAGUAGUAGAUUGAGAUAGUUGUGUUACCAGCUUACUACUAUAACUACUACUACUACUACUACUACUACUACUACUACAAUCUCCACUCCUACUGUUAGCUUCCUCCUCCUCCUCCUCCUCCUCCUCCUCCUCCACUACUACUACUACUACUACUACUACUACUUCUACUACUACUACUACUACUACUACUACUACUACUACUACUACUACUACUACUACUACUACUACUACUACUACUACUUCGUCUGGUAUUGCUGGUAGUUUGAUAGGGGGAAAGUAGAUGGUGGUGGUGGUGGUGGUGGUGGUGGAAGAGGAGGAGGAGGAGGAAAAUAAAGAGAAAUGAAAAGAAAAUGAAGAAGGAGGAGGAGGAGGAGGAGGAAGAUUUAAAGAAGUAAAAGAAAUAUAAAAAAUGAAAAUAAAUUAAAAGAAAGAGGAGGAGGAGGAGGAGGAGGAUUUAAAGAAGAAAAAUAAAUAUAAAAAUGAAAAUAAAUGAAAAGGAGGAGGAGAAGAAGGAGGAAGAGGAGAAGGAGGAGGAGGAGGAGGAGGAGGAGAGAAAGGAAGGAAAAAGAGACAUCAGUGAAGGAUUGAGUGAAGGAUAUUCUGUAGGACUCUAAAGGACUCUCUGAAGGACUCUAUUGACCAAACGAAGGAGAAAGAAAAGAAAAAAAGAGAAAAAAAGAAAGAAAAGACAUACUGAAACACACACACAAACACACACACACACACACGUAGUAGUAGUAUUAGUAUUAGUAGGGGGGGAAGGUAUAGGACCCCUCCCUUCCCUCCCUCCCCCCCCUCCCCUCCCUCCCCCCCCAGGACUUCCAUUGUAUUACUCUCCUGGUGAUAUAAUGCUGUGAGUGAGAGAGAGAGAGAGAGAGAGAGAGAGAGAGAGAGAGAUGAUAAUUAUUAAGUAUUUUAGGGAGAUAGAGACAAAAAAAAAAGAAAGAUAGAGUGACGAGGGAGACGCCCACACACACACACACACACACACACACACACACACACACACACACACACACACACACACACACACACACGUACACACAGACGCACACACGUAGUUUUUAAUCCCUUGCUUGGUGAUAAGAUAAAGAAACGAAGUGAAUUAAAAUGUCUUCCAAAUCUUAAACUAGUGAACAUAUUAUUAUUAUUAUUAUUAUUAUUAUUAUUAUUAUUAUUAUUAUUAUUAUUAUUAUUAUUAUUAUUAUUAUUAUUAUUAUUAUUAUUAUUAUUAUUAUUAUUAUUAUUAUUAUUAUUAUUAUUAUUAUUAUUAUUAUUAUUAUUAUUAUUAUUAUUAUUAUUAUUACUAUUAUUAUUAUUGUUGUAUAUAUAGCUAUUGUUGUUGUUGUUGAUGUUGUUGAUGUAAUAUAUAUGUCAGAGAGAGAGAGAGAGAGAGAGAGAGAGAGAGAGAGAGAGAGAGAGAGUGGUGUGUGUGUGUGUGUGUGUGUGUGUGUGUGUGUGUGUGUGUGUGUGUGUGUGUGUGUGUGUGUGUGUGUACGUGUUCCAUGCUCAAAUCUGUGUUUAUUAAAUAGUAUGUGUAUGUAUGUAUGUAUGUAUGUAUGUAUAAUUAUAAAAAAAAUGAUAAAUGGUUUACUUGACUCUUGACAGCUGUGUGUGUGUGUGUGUGUGUGUGUGUGUGUGUGUGUGUGUGUGUGUGUGUGUGUGUGUGUGUGUGUGCCAAGCUGUACACUCAAUACGAUGUCUAUUAUAUAAGAAUUUUACGUCGGUAGAUAGACAUAUAUAUAUAUACAUAUAUAUAUUUUAAUUCUUUUUGUAAUAUAUAUAAGACAUUGAACCCAUUGCUAGCCAUAUGAGGUGUAUGUGUGUGUGUGUGUGUGUGUGUGUGUGUGUGUGUGUGUGAGAGAGAGAGAGAGAGAGAGAGAGAGAGAGAGAGAGAGAGAGAGACCCAUAGUAUUAUAGGCAUAGUACUAUUCAUUUAUUUUGUGUCUGUUAACCAAAUACACGUCUGUCUGUCUGUCUACUUAUCUAUCUGUCUGUCUGUCUGUCUUACGUUCGCUGUCAUUAAUAGAAACACCUGUCUGCUUAUAACCAUACCUUACCUGUGUUCAAGAUUCAUUAGUUAUUUAUGAAGGUAUAUUAACAGGUAUUCGUGUACGUUUCAAGACAGUUUACGAUAAUUA